AUGAAAAAUAUAUUUAUAUAAAGAUUAUUGUUUUUUUGUUUUUGAAAACUGAUGAAUUUGCAAUUAUUAUAUUUAUAAUGAGAUAAGAUGAUAAUUUUAGAGAUUUAGAGAUUAAGAAAAAAAAGAAGACUUAAAACGUUAGGAUUAAGAGAGAUUGGAUGAGGAUGUAGAAAGGAAAAAAAAAGAAUAAGAGAAAUUGAUUAAAGACAAAGAGGAAAUUGAUAGUGUUUCUAAAGAUAAAGACAAAUCAGCAAGAGAUGGCAAAAGCAUUAAAAUCAAAAUUGAUUAUGAUAGAAGAACUAAAGAAAAAGAUAAAAGGAAAAAUUAAUAAGAUAAGAAAACUGAGAAAGAUGAUAAAAGUUUAGAGAAUUUGAGACCAGAACAGUUGGUGGAGAAUGAAAUAGGUAAGCCUUAUUAUUUAGUGCCUGAAAGAUGAUUUAGAUGGAAUAAAUAAAAAAAUGGAAUAAUAUUUGAAAAUAUUUGAUUAUAAAACUACAUUUAGAACAAUAAAAGUAGUUUAAUAAAAAAAUGAUGAUUAAAUAAUUAUUAAAUGGAAUCAUAUUUAUAAAAGUAGAAAUUAUGAAGAAAUUAUUGAAUAAUGGAAAAAAGAAGUCAAAGCAAUGUUACCUUUAAAUACACAUUUUUAUCUAUUACCAAUGAGAUUUAAUUAUACUGAAGUAUAUAAUUUAAUAAUUAUAAUUAUAGUCUGAAAAAAUUAGAUCUGUUAUUAUUGAAAAUAUGGAACCUUUUUUUAUGAGAAGAGAUAAUAAAAUAAUUUUUGAUUUGGCUAGAAAAAUGUUUAAUUAUCCAAAUAGAGUAUUAUAAUAGAAUAUUAAUAAAGAUUGUUUGUGCUCAAUUAAUUUUGGGAUAUUCAUAUUGUUAAAAUUUAAAUGUAAUUAAAUAGAAAGAAGAAAGUGAGGAUAAUGAAUAAGAACAUUAAGAAGGUGAAAUUGAUAUUCAAAAACCCAUGCUUGAUGAUCUUGAUGCAGAUGAAGAUGAAAAUGCAGAUUUAUUAAAAAAGAAAAAUGUUGAAAAUUAAUAGUGA